AUGCCUCCUCAGUCAAUUCUCGCCAGCGAUGCUGGCGAGAGUAGGCCGCAGCUGGCCCUGGCUGCACCAAGACAACCACUGCAGCCAAUUUCGGCCAAUACCGGUACUCGCCUGCCGCCUGCUGCUCCUGUCAAGAAGAAGCCCGGUCCAAAGCCAAAGUCCCUGAUCGACCGCAAAGUUGUGGAGAAGCCUGUCAAACGCCAGCAAAGGAGCUAUUCUAGGGAGAGGAAGCUUCAAGUCCUUACGUUUCUGUUGCACCACAAGAUGAUUCAAACUCGCCAGAGACAACAGCGCCGCCGUGAUGACUUGCUUUCCUUCCAUACAAGUACCGAGGAUAUGGUAGGACCCAGUCGGUAUGGCCUUAUGCCAAAGGCCGAGCUGGUCAGACUGUGCAGGCACUAUAGGCUCAAAGUCUCUGGGAACAAGGCAAGCUUGAUUGAGCGGUUGAGGGCUCGGGAGGAACAAGCUGAUCAGGGGCAGCACUGA